CCGCAGCGUCGAUCCGUCUCCCCGCCUUCGCUGCUGCCAUGGCGGCAGCUCCGCCGCUCUCAAAGGCCGAAUACCUGAAGCGUUAUUUGUCUGGGGCAGAUGCCGGCGUCGACGGGGGCUCUGAGUCCGGCCGCAAGCGUCGCAAAAGGCGGCCGAAGACUGGCGGGGCCGGCGGCAAGGGAAUGCGGAUUGUGGAUGAUGACGUGAGCUGGACAUCUAUGUCAACCACUAAAACAGAAAAGGAGGAAGAGGAAGAUGAUGGAGAUUUGCCUGUGGUGGCUGAGUUUGUGGAUGAGCGGCCAGAAGAGGUAAAGCAGAUGGAAGCCUUUCGUUCCAGUGCCAAAUGGAAGCUUCUGGGAGGCCACAGUGAAGAUCUGCCCUCACACAGACAUUCCCGUCAUGAUACCCCGGAUUCAUCUCCUUCUAGGCGGGUCCGUCAUGACACCCUGGAUUCAUCUCCUCCUAGAAGGGUCUGUUAUGACCCCCUGGAUUCAUCUCCUCCCAGGAGGGUCCGUCAUGACCCCCUGGAUUCAUCUCCUCCUAGGACGGUCUGUCAUGACACCCCGGAUUCAUUGCGUCCUAGGAGGGUCCGUCAUGAUACCCCGGAUUCAUCUCCUAGGAGGGUCCGUCACGAUACCCCGGAUUCAUCUCCUCCUAGGAGGGUCUGUCAUGAUUCCCCAGAUCCAUCUCCCCCCAGGAGGGCCCAUCAUGACUCAGACCCAUCUCCCCCAAGGAGGGCCCGUCAUGAUUCACCAGAUCCUUUUCCCAUCAGGAAGCCUUACCGUCAUUCUUCAGGUGUAUCUCCUAGGAGGGCCCGUCAUGACACACCAGAUCCAUCUCCACCUAGGAGAGCCCACCACAAUUCCUCAGAUAACUCUCCUCGCAGAAGGGCCCAUAACAGCUCCCCUGACACAGCUCAGCCUAGAAGGACUCUUGACUCUGUGGACACACCACAGCUCAGGAGGGCCCGUCAUAAUUCCCCUGACUUGGCUUCUAAUGUCCCUCAUUCACUGCCCAGAACCAAAAGCAGUAAAGCCCCAGAAAGUUCUAGUAAAACUUCUCCACAUCGGAAGGGGCCAGGACCUUCUCAUCUAUCACUCCCAAAGAACAGCAAGUAUGAAUAUGACUCGGAACUCUCUCCUCCACGGAAAAAGCAAGCAAAAUCCCGUUUUGGAAGUAAGCAGCAUGAUUCUAAAGGCUCCUCCCCCAGCCAUAGGAAAUAUCAUACAAGCUCUUCACCCAGGAGACAUCAGAGUCACAUGUUGGAUGCUUCUUCCUACCCAAGUGACAGUAGGAAAGCCUCUGACUCAGAUCUUUCUCCUCCACGGCAUAAACAAAGUUCAGGGCCCCGGGAUUCUGAUUCAGAUCUGUCACCUCCACGGAAUAGACCUAGGCACUGGAACUCUGAUUCUGACCUCUCUCCACCAAGGAGGAAACAGAGGGCCAAAUCAUCUGAUUCUGACCUGUCUCCACCUCGAAGGAGUCAGCCUCUGGGAAAGAAGGCUGCACGCAUGUAUUCUGGGGCUAAAACUGGGUUGGUGUUAACUGACAUACAGCGAGAGCUGCAGGAGCUCGAGAGACGGGACCAAGAGACCAUGGCACUUGAAGCUGAAUUCCAGUAUGCUGAAACCGUAUUUCGAGAUAAGUCUGGUCGUAAGAGGAAUUUGAAACUGGAACGUUUAGAGCAGAGGAGAAAAGCGCAGAAGGACUCGGAGAGAGAUGAGCUGUAUGCUCAGUGGGGAAAAGGGCUUGCACAGAGCCGGCAGCAGCAACAAAAUGUGGAGGAUGCAAUGAAGGAAAUGCAAAAGCCUCUGGCCCGCUAUAUUGAUGAUGAAGAUCUAGAUCGGAUGCUGAGAGAAAAAGAAAGAGAGGGGGACCCCAUGGCCAAGCUUAUCAAGAAGAAUAAGGCCAAGGAGGACAAGAAUAAGAAAGUGAGACCUCGCUACAGUGGCCCAGCACCUCCUCCCAACAGGUUCAAUAUCUGGCCUGGAUAUCGCUGGGAUGGAGUAGACAGAUCCAAUGGAUUUGAACAGAAGCGCUUUGCCAGGCUUGCCAGCAAGAAGGCGGUGGAGGAACUUGCCUACAAGUGGAGUGUUGAGGAUAUGUAACUUUUCUGAGGCAGUGGAGGUGGCUGUGCGUUGUGGUGGUGGACACUGGGUGGACAGACGUCCAGCUGCAACAGUCAUCUGUGCUCAUAAUCAGGGCCCACACAGACCAGCGACUUGUUGGAUGCCAGUUUUGACUACAGAAGAAUAUUUGAGACGUAAUGUUUGGACUGAAGGACCUGUACUUCUCAGGUGUGCCGACACUGCCUAUUGCUGGCUUUCAGAGGAAGCGUUGAUUUCUCUGUGUCCCAGGGUUUGUUCUUGGUUAGGGUUUUCCCUUUUUAAUAAACACACAUUUAUUUUUUUAAAAUAA